UGCAUCCCAGCAGGUCUGUGUUGUGGAUGGGGGGUGCCCGGGGGAUCGCUGUCUUGGAGGUAGCAGUUAGCAGACAUGCCAGCCACAUAGUCUGCUCUCUCCACACGCUUGCAAUGUCCUGGGAUCCUCCUAGGCGCCUGUAUUCGUGGAUCUUGCUCCUGAAGACCAGUUCAAACAGAGGAACAGGGGAGGAAGAAAAAAAAAUCUCAUCAAAUCUGCAAGAGGUUGGAAAGGAGAGGGUACUAAUCAGAACUAUGUGAGGGUGACUCUGUGAUCCUGACUCAGGAUAUCUUGAAGGGUAUCACUGUAUCUGCUGUUUGUAGCUGCUCCUACCUGUAGAAUCUGAAGACUUUGCCCCUGACCUGGGAAUAUUCUGGACCAGAACAAGUCUGCUCUCUGUCCAGGUUAAGGGAUUUGCCUCAGCUGUACCAUGGGGCGCACCCGGGAAGCUGGGUGUGUAGCUGCAGGCAUGGUCAUCGGGGCUGGUGCCUGUUACUGUGUAUACAAACUAACCUGGGGAAAAGAUGAGAAUGAGAAACUAUGGGAUGAGGAAGAAGAUGAGGAAGAGGAGAAAGAAGAAGAGGAAGAAUCUUGUAGUGGCAAACCAGAAAUUUGGGGAAAAACUGAGAGAGAAGUGAAGGCUAAUGUUGGGGUUGAGGCAGGAGCCAAACCUCAAGAUAGCUCAAAGGCUGAAGUGAAUGUGGGACCUGCAAAUGGUCCAGGGAUAAAGAAGGAAAUGCAUCCAGAAUCCCAGGGUGGGGGUGGCCUAGAAGCUAAGGCCAAGGCCCUUUUCAAGAUCCUAAAGGAACAGGCACGUGCAAAGGCAGGCAGAGGGAUCAGGCUUCCUAACAUCUCUGGGAAUAGGACCCUGGCCCAAAGUUUGCCCUGCCCAGGAGGCAGGGGUGGGGGCUGUCACCCGGGAAGAAGUGGCUCUAGAGCUAGGAGCAGAGCAAGUGGAAAAACCAAGAGAAAGACCCGAAGUAAGAGCACUAAGGCCCCAGCCACAGCAUGGCCUGUGAGAAGGGGCAAGUUCAACUUUCCCUAUAAAAUUGAUGAUAUUCUGAGCGCCCCUGAUCUUCAAAAGGUCCUUAACAUCUUGGAAAGAACGAAUGACCCUUUUACUCAGGAGGUAGCAUUGGUUACACUAGGUAACAAUGCAGCAUAUUCAUUUAAUCAAAAUGCCAUACGUGAAUUGGGUGGUGUCCCAAUUAUUGCAAAACUGAUAAAAACCAAAGACCCCAUUAUUAGGGAAAAGACCUACAAUGCCCUUAAUAACUUGAGUGUUAAUUCUGAAAACCAGGGCAAGAUUAAGGCUUACAUCAGUCAAGUGUGUGAUGAUACCAUGAUUUGUCGCUUGGAUUCAGCUGUACAGAUGGCUGGACUAAGACUGUUAACCAACAUGACUGUGACUAAUCAUUACCAACAUUUGCUUUCCUAUUCUUUUCCAGACUUUUUUGCUUUGUUAUUCCUGGGAAAUCACUUCACCAAGAUACAGACUAUGAAACUAAUUAUAAACUUUACUGAAAAUCCAGCCAUGACAAGAGAGCUGGUUAGUUGUAAAGUACCAUCAGAACUGAUUUCCCUAUUUAAUAAGGAAUGGGAUAGAGAGAUUCUUCUUAACAUCCUUACCCUUUUUGAAAAUAUAAAUGACAAUAUAAAAAGUGAAGGGCUUGCAUCAUCCAGGAAAGAAUUCAGCAGAAGCUCAUUAUUUUUCUUAUUCAAAGAAUCUGGAGUGUGUGUUAAGAAAAUCAAAGCGUUAGCAAAUCAUAAGGAUGUGGUGGUCAAAGUGAAAGUUCUAAAAGUAUUAACCAAACUAUAAUUUGAGAUCUGUUCCAAACAACACUGAUGUAAUGUUUCAGCGUUUGCACAUGGAAACAGCGUAUUGUCUAAAUUCUUAGGUUUUCAUUGCACUUUUGUUACAAAGAGAUCCUUUGAGCUGCUGUUUAGGAAUAAUAAAUAUCACAGAUUAUUAAUAGUCAUUGAUGCUGGCUUUAUACUGAGACAUUUUAUGUAUGCCAAAUACAUAUUAGAGCUUGCACAACAAAAGCAUUUAUUAAUUCAACUCGCUACCUAGGUUGAGAGAUUUUUAUUGUUUAACUAAACCAUACAAUGAAGAAACUAUUAUGUCUAACAAACUAUACUUUUAUAUUGAUUUAGAUUUGUUCAUCUAAGAGUUGUGCUUUAUCAAUAAAGGUAUGUUUAAGAAGUA